AUACACACACACACGUACAUAUUUAUAUAAAACAUAUAUUUCUUUAUAUAAGAAAAACACAAAAGCACAUUCACCCAAACACACACACAGAAUAUUCUACGUUAAACAUAGCCACGAUCGCUCUGUUAUAACUAUAAUAGGAACAAAUCAACAAGCUAUACUCAUCAGUAAAAAAAAAAAAAAACAUAAAAAAGAUAAUAAGCAACAAAUAUAUUUUAGGAGCGAAAGCGGAACUAGACUCGUCUUACGAUUCUUGGCACCACUAUUGUUAUUUCUAUUCUAAAUUUCAUUACAACAGUUGUCACUUGUGGAUGAGGACUUAGUAUACCAUGAGGGACUUAUCCGUGUUGAUCUUUACGGUUUUUUUGACUGCUGCGUUUUACUCCGCAGCAUACGCAGCGAGUCAUGAGUGCGAAGGUUCAAACAUUUCGUGCGGCGAUGGGAAAUGCAUAUCCCCUGAAUGGCUAUGUGAUCGCCAAAAAGACUGCGUCGAUGGAAGUGACGAGCGAAACUGUACAAAUAUAUGCAAAGAGGAUGAAUUUCAGUGCGACGCCAAAACAUGUAUUUCAGUAAAGUGGGUCUGUGAUGAUGAAACGGAUUGCCCUAGAGGAGAGGACGAGAUGGAUUGUGACACAUCAGGUAACCAGAACUGUCAACACAACGAAGUCUCUUGCGGCGAUGGCAACUGCAUAUCAAAAGAAUGGUUGUGUGACGGUGAACCGGAUUGUCUCAACGGAAUGGAUGAAAAGUCUUGUAACGACAGUGACGAUCUCAAUCCAAACACCGUUGUACCACCAGUGUCAACCGAUAACCAGGUGAAGCCGACGCGAACCCAGCGACCGAAACGUCGUUCGACUGUUCGCUCUAGCGCUGCUAUAACCACCACCGCUGCAACGAGCACCAUUUGGACCACAUUUAAGGGAUCAAUAUUUGGUGCUAAAACCACUGCUACUACCACUACAACCCCAUUCAUCAUCUCUACUACAACUUCUACUUCAUCUGCCACCACUUCUACCACCAUUACCACCCCAACUGAGGCCACAACUAUUACUACUACCACUACUACCACCACCCCCAAGCCCACUACUACUACUAUUCCAACUACCACUACUACUGCUACUACAACUCGUAGAACUAACCCACCAUUUUACGUAACCAUCCCAAGCAAAAAAGCGACCAAAGAAACAUCGACAUCCAAGGGUGAAACCGAAAACAGAACAUUCCACAUAUUGGACCAAGCGAACAAUUCCGAUGAUGAGCAGCAUCGAAGGAGACAAAACCAAAGAAAUAAUCGCAGACGAACGACUCCGUAUCCUGGAGACGAAGGUAAUAAUCAAUUGGAGCGAGAAGAACGAAGAAGACAGCGCAAAGAAAGGAAGCGAAAAGAGGAAGAAGAAAAUCUAAGGAAUGGGUCUGACCAGAGCGGUAACCAUGGUGAUCAGACGAACUCGGUUCGAAAAGCUAGUGGUGUUCGUAGCAAAAAUUCUUCUAUUAGACAUCGGCAGACCAUGUUCCAAGGAGUUUUUGUUUGGUGCCUUAUCUUCGUUUUAGUGUGCAAUUGGAUUGGAUGCUGUUAACAGACGCCAUUGCUAAGCAGUUAUAUUUUUCAAACCGAUAAUCAUCGCCAUUUCAAAAGACAUAUAAUUUACAUCAAUUUUAGGGCAGGAACAUUUUUGUGCUUUAGAAUGAAGAACUGGUAACAUGAAAAAAAAGAAGAAAAAGAAAGGAAAAAAACCAACAAGUCAAGAAUGAACGAACGCUCAAUAAAACCUCAAGCAGCAGAUAACGUAACAUAGAAAAAAAAAUCUACUUUCAUUUUCAAAUGUUGUCCUCACAAUAACUUCUUAAACAACAAGACUGACAGAAAUAUGAACAAAACAAUAUUAUCAACCACAUAAAACCAACAAUAAUCAUUUGUACGAGCCAGUGUAGGAGCUUAUAUGCGGUCGAUCCACCGGCUGCUAGAAAUCACAGGCUAACCGUUUAACUUACACAACGCUAUGUGUUGUAUGAUGAAUUUCUUAAAGACUUUUAUUACCGUACUUUCUAGCAUACAAAUCGGCGUAGCAUAUCGUGUAAACACGCAGAGUAAACAUUCAAACUCGUUUUCUAUAUCUCCAAAUACAUUUCUCGUGGAAUUUUUGGUCUUCCAAUGUGAUCUUAGGGUAUAAGUCGACCUGUUAAUUUUGGUCUGAAAAAGUCGGUUUGUAUGCCGGAAAAUACGGUAAUGCCUAAAUAAAAACAGAGGUGAGGAUGUUUAAGGUUAGAUCAUCUUCGAUCUUUACUUGAUUAAAGAUGUUCUGGAACUAAAUACACCAGUAGUAAUUAUAUAAUAUUCACUACUAAUUGAGGCGUGUAUUUCUGCACAAACAUUUUUACUUUACAUCUGUUUCGCAUCACUUACACUAUUUAUAAACAUUAAUAUAUUGCCGUGUAAACAUGUCCUUGUAAUGUAUAGUACACUCUGUUUCAGUAACUUUUAUACAAUGAUACUAAUGCUAUUACUUUCAGAAAUAAUAUGGACAAUAAAUAAAUAAAUAAAAAUAAGUAUAAUGCAGCAAUAUAGGAAUAGGAACAAUGAUAGCAACAAAGACAAUCACAGCAACAAGAAUAAUUUGAAUAAUGACAACGAUAAGAUUCAUUAUAGCAUGAGCAGCGUCCACGUCAUUAACGAACAACAGUAACAAUAAUGACCUGUAGGCACGUUGUAUUUCGUUAUGCAACCAUUACUACACACCACUAGAUAUAGUAGAUAUUUAAGCAAUGUGUUCGAGGAUGUUUAAUGGGUUAUUUGGGUGCUGAUGAAGGGGCGAAAACACACCGAAAUAUGGUAUGUACGGCCAUUGCUUGCUUUUCCAUCUUCGAACACUUUGUUUGUUUAUAUCUGACGUCUCGAUACGAAACGUCGUAGCAAAAAUCAGUGCUGGCUGUAAUUUCUGUAGAUUAUCUAUGGCGAUAAGCCUUAAUAAAUAACAGUAAUAGUGGCAAUGAUAAGUAAAAAAAAAAAUAAUGAUGUUAGCAACAUGAUGCAACCACGAAUGAAUUUGCAACAACAACAACAAGCAGCAAUCGCACCUACACAAACUGCAAUGAAGGCAUCACCAGGAACUUAUUAUCACCAAUAGCAUCAGGAAUGUCUAAUUAGUAGGAGGAAAUUAAUAACAUCAAGAACAAGAACAACAACAUCAAAAUUAUCAUCACUUGUAGGAUCGCUAAAGAACGCCAAAUAAAAAGUAAAACAAAAACAAAGAAAACAAUAUCAAAAACAAAAGUAAUGGUAGAGCCUUCCUUGGUCAUUUCAUCUAACAGAAAUAGCAGCCAAAUCUGCCUUAAAGCCUACUCUAUUGGUUUAAAAACAUAAAGACACAGUGGAUAAUAAAGUCCUAAAUACACUGCCUGGAACAUAAACAAGUUAACCAUGGUGAUAGUCAUGGUUUGAAUGUCUUUGAUUAUAUGUCUCUUCAUUCAGAGCUCGCAUGGUGCUAAACAACAGCAACAACAACAUUCAACUUAUAACGAUAAAUGUAUUAACGGUAAUUAAUGAAACAACAGUUUAUAUAUAUCAAGGAAAAAAAACAGGAGUAAAUACUAUGGUAAGAUUCUGAUACUCCUUAAAGAGCAGCAAUCGUAACAAGGACCAACAAGACUCAGAAACGAUGUCUUGGACUGCUGAAGAUAGCGACCGAAUUCAUCUCGGAUCACAGCCGAAUUCGAAAUGGACAAUUAUAUGCCUAUUUGAGCAUUCAAAGACGAAUCCACAUAUAUAUAAACACACUAAUAAAACGCGUACAUACAAACACAAACAUACACACACGCAUGGUAAUCAACACAAACAUAAGACUCAGUGACACACAAAGAAAUUUUUAAAAAUUCAAUGGUCUUGCGUGUAUAUGUGCAUGUAUGUUGAUUUGUGUGAACACAUUUCUUAGACAUAUGUCUAUACUAAUGCGAAAAAAAAAUGCCUAUAUUAUAUAGACCUAUAGUAAAU